CUGCGGCCUCCUGGUUCCCGACCAGCUGCUGUAGACAAGCAGCCACGCCAAACCUGCAACGAGUUGGAAGACUAGAUCCUGCCUUCGGGUCGGCAGCCACGCCAAACUGCCACGAGCGAUGCUCCUUCGCUCCUCGUCUCUUCCGGCGCUCUCGCGCACCGCCAGACGCGCCCUGUCGGGCAGCUGCUGCCCUCCGGGGGCCCUGCCCGCGCUGGCUGCCGACGAGGACCGGGAGCUGGACGGCCAGGUGAUCCAGCUUGAUGACGUGAACCACUAUGUCGUGGCAGCAGAGGGAACGGCCCGCGGCGGCCUCAUCGUCGCGUACGACGUGUUCGGCUUCUCUGGCGGGCGCAUCAAGAGCGUGUGCGACUCCUUUGCGAAGUGCGGCUUCAACGUGAUCAUGCCCGACGUCUACACCGGAACCGAGAUCAACGGCUUCGGUGGUCUGGACGGCUUCAUGUCUGGCGCCGAGGAAACGGUGGGCUGGAUCUCGGCGCAGAACCCCGCCAAGUACAUGCCGAUGCUGGAGGGAUGCAAAGCGUUCCUGGCCGGCGAGAUGGGGUCCGCCAACGUCGGCGGAUUCGGUUUGUGCUGGGGUGCCGUUCCCGUGUUCCACGCCGCCGGUGCUGGCAUCAUCCGCGCCGGCGUUUCUGCGCACCCCUCGCUGCAGGCCGCGGGCUUCUAUGGCGAGCCGGGGCAGCCCGGCGAGUUCGCGGCGAAAACCGGCAAGUGCCCGAUGCUGCUCCUGCCGGCGCAGGAGGACAGCCUCGAUGACUACGGCGAGGAGGGCGCGGUCACCGCGGCGGUGAGGGAUCUCGGGUUCGCGUGCGUCUCCCAUCCCUUCCCCGAGAUGCACCACGGUUUCGUGGCCCGGGGCGACACGAGCGACGCGGCGACGGCCAGAGACGUGGAGACGGCUCUCCAGAUCUCGGCUGACUUUUUUGCCGAGCACCUGUGAAUUGAAUAUCAAGGGUGGAAGGAUCUGCCCGUCCAAAAAACGCCUGUCUUGGGCCAAACAAGACCAAUG